AAAAAUAAAUUGACGCCUGUUUGGGAGGAGAGAGAAAAGGCAGAGGCGCAGAGGACAUAACAAAGAAGAAGGAGAAAGAGGAGGAAAGGAAAGAAAAAUGGGUGAGGUAGCUGCCACAAUGACGAAGAAGAAGAAGAAGAAGGGACGUCCCUCUCUCUUAGACCUUCAAAAACGCUCUCUCAAGCAGCAGCAACAACAACAAAACCCUAAUUUCAAAAACCCUAAUUCCCUCAUUGCCUCAAACACAACCUCUCACCGCCGAUCCACCCGCCGUAGGCCUAAUCUCGAUGAGCCAGACUGGAUUAACGGUGAUGAAGACGACGACGACGAAGACGAGCGCAAAGAGAAGAAACAUAAGCUUUUGCUUGGAUUGAAUUCCCAACAAAACAACAGCAACAACGACGACAACAACAACAACCAUCAUUACCCGAUUUCCUCGGCGAAUUCCCUGGGUCCUAAUCCCUCAUACGUCUCUGAUGGUGCUAAUCCUGAGGCGGCUCUCAAGAGGCGAAAGGUCAGUGCCGCCUGUAUCGGAUCUGAUGAUAUGGGUGAAAAGGGUCCGAAAGCGACAGACACUCUUCAUGAGUCUACGCUGGAGCCUGGCCCCACAGCUCCGUUGCCAGACAAAAAGUUGUUGGUCUUCAUUCUUGAUAGGCUACAAAAAAAGGAUACUUAUGGAGUGUUUUCUGAGCCCGUGGAUCGUGAAGAGCUUCCUGAUUACCAUGAUAUCAUUGAGCAUCCCAUGGACUUUUCCACCUUAAGAAAAAAGCUAGAUGGGGGAGCUUAUGCCAACUUGGAACAAUUUGAGAAAGAUGUGUUUCUGAUAUGUUCAAAUGCAAUGCAGUAUAAUUCACCGGAUACUAUUUACUUUCGACAGGCGCGAUCCAUGCAAGAGCUUGCACGGAAGGACUUUGAAAACUUGAGGCAAGAUAGUGAUGAUGGUGAAACCCAACCAAAAAUUGUGAGGAGAGGCAGGCCACCUGGAAAACUGAAAAAAUCACUUGAGAGGUCUCCUCUUGACCGCGUUGGUCCUGAAUGUUCCUCAGAUGCAACUCUUGCCUCUGGAGGGGAUAAUCCCAACUGUUCUACCGGUUACAAUCUAAGAAGAACCCAUUCAUACAAGUAUCAGCCUACAGAUGUUCUGGUCCGAACCACUUAUGGGUCUCAUAGCAGUGAAACCUAUUCUACCUGGAUGUCUGAAUGGGAAAAUGAAUUUCCAGCUUCUGUUCUGAAGGCUGUGCUUAAGUAUGGGAAGAAACCAUAUGAAGUAGAUGAGAAUAGGCGUGACACCUAUAAGCGUCCAUCGGCUUCCGCACAUGGGUCGUCCUCCCUGAAUCUUUUUGGACAAAUGAAGCAACUGAUGGUGGUAGGUUUAAACGCAGAGCAUGGUUAUGCAAGAAGUCUAGCUCGUUUUGCUGCAGAUGUUGGCCCCAUUGCGUGGAAAAUUGCUUCAAAGAAAAUUGAAAGUGUGUUGCCAACAGGACUUGAGUUUGGUCCUGGGUGGGUAGGCGAAGAUAAGGUGGUUGAGGGACAGCAGCAGCUUUUAUUUUCUGAUAGGCGUAAAGUUUCAAACAGUUGGGUUGCUACUGAAAAUUUAGGCAGACUUCAAUCUUCAACUGCUAGUGGAACAAAUUCUGGUGCAAAUUCUUUAGUUGCAAGUAGAUGUACAGCAUGGAGUAGAGAAGACAUGGUAGAAAAUGUUGGUGGAUUGAGUUCCCAAAGCGAGUUAAAUUCACUACACAGUGUUAUUGGUGGGAUAAACCCCAUGUCAUCUGUUAUGGUUCAGCAAAAACCUGUGCUUCACUCUGAUGUAAAUGGUUUUAGUGGUGGAUUUGGGCAUAAUAAAUUUUCACCUCUGAUGGGGACAGCAAGACUUGGGAUAGCAACAGGAAAAUCCAGUUCAGAGCAGACAGCAGUUCCUUCCCAAGCAUUUGACAUGGUUUCUACUAGUAAUGCCAGUUUCUGCCCAAUGGUAGGGAAUGAUUUUAAGUUGAACAAAGCCAAGUUGGCAGAAACAUUGAGUGUAGCACAACAGUCUGGAAAAUCAUCAGCUCUAGGUCCUAACCCUGAAUCACAGACAACAUUCAAUGCAGGGAUUGGUGGAAAAUCAUCCCAGCAGGGAUUAUCACCAUACACUCAACAACAUUUCUUUGAAUUUCCACCGGACCUGAAUGUUGGAUUCUUGGCCCCAAAUUCGCCUAGUUCCAGUGUGCCAAUUGGUUCACCACAGCAGCCAGAUUUAGCAUUACAGCUGUGAGGGUGGGUAAUUCAUCUUCCUUUACCCAAACAUGAUGGAUGGUGGAUUGUUAGAUAUGAACAUUUGUCCAGCAAAAGGAAUAAUAAUAGAGAUGCAAUCUUAUGGAUUGCUUGGUAUUGACAUGAUGAUUCAUAACCUGAUAAAUUGUAGGGAAAGAUUUUGUACAGAUUAAUGUAUCAAUUUUUCAGAUGAAAAACCACAGCUUUUUUUCUCCUAAAAGCAUGGUACUAUUGAAUUCCUGAUU